AUGCAGCGUGAACGAUUGAGCGUCGCAAUGCCGGAGUGCUUCCGGUGUCACACCACUGCCAAGGUAGGCAAGCCACUGGGCAAAAGUAGAACGAGCGUUGGUAAGCCAACCGAGCUCACAGUGGCCACCGAUACAACUUUUGGGGUCGUGUCUGCACUGGUCGUCGACACAGUCACGACUGCCGUCGCCAAAUACCAUGCUGACGCGUCGAACGCGAAGCUAGUGUGGGACCCAGAAGGUCCAAAGGAGGU